CUCCUGUCAAAGUACAACUUCACACUCACCUAAGUCUUGUGUUGAUUUCCGCACAGCAUUCAUGGAUUAUGAUGAUAGGAGUCGCCAUAGAAGAGAGGAGCUCAACACGCGUGCUAGCAACAGUGCGACGGGACUGCAUGCAUCGAGAGCGCUCUGGGAGACCAUUACAUGUAUCCAAGCUCCAAGGAAGGCAAUACGAUUUUCAGUUUCACCUUCACUCAUUCUCACAAGAUGACUUAUUUGAUGGUUGCCUGAGGCCUACUAUUGUUUCCAUGUGUAGAGUGACUUCGUAUUCUCCACUGUCACUACGCUAGCAGUUACUAUGGUGAGCACAUCGCUAUCCUUAUAGAGCUGACCUACCCAAGGUGGGUACAACUUCUUGCUUGCUUCAUGCUCAACGCUAUCUGAGUAUGGCCUUUUCUAGCCUCUGCAAGUAGCAGCACAACUCCCCUACGGCCAUGCAGCGUCCACCGAGCCCAAUGUCGAUGUAUACUGGCUCGCCGAGCUCGAAAGGCAAGAACAAGCGCGCAAUAGACGAAAGUCCUCCAGCUACCGACCGACCCCAACAGCCAUCCAAGAUCGACAGUAAUGCGCCCCGCAUCCUCCGCCGCUAUCAACACCGCCGUCGCAAUGUCGCUACUGAGGUAUGGGGCCCCGAAAUACCUUCUACAACCUCACCCCGAGCCUUCGCCGAUGCACCAGCCCCAAAACAGCCUUUCAGCGUCUACAAGGCUAUCCUUCGACAUCCGAACCUCUUCUUCCAGUUUGCGCUCCGCCUGCCUUACCCUUCCAUCAUCGACCUCUAUGCCAUCGACAAAGAGUUUCAUUAUCGCUUAAAUCUAUACAGUGUCUCCCUGAUACACGACUAUGCUCGCUACCAUGCACCGCUCGCAGGUUACAUCUUCAGCUGGGUACUGUAUCCACGACUAUGCAUUUCAGACCCUAUGCUCAGACCCAUGGACGGACGAGAGUGGCUGGCGCGCGAUGUACCGGGUUUUCGCUGGGUGGGCAUGAUACUCUGGCGCCAAAAGAUUGUACGCAGUAUUCUCACAACACUAGGUUUGGAAGGUCAUCGCGUACCGGCCAGCUGCGAGGGUGCGCUGAUGAAGUUCUGGGGUCUGAUGGAGUUAAACACCACGAAACUGCGCCUUUCCUUCCUCGAUGACGCGGAUAUCUGGACAGACAUCGAUAUCAUCAGCAUUCAGCUCUUCUUCGUCAAACUCGACAUGCGCUUCUCCGACCCAAUUCUCGGGAACGGCGUCUGUCAGCUAGGAUCGCUGCUGCUUGGCCAGAGAAGUUUGGAAACGCUGUGGAAAGUGUUGAGCGGAAAGUUGAAGUUGGACUAUGACAACACGAGCGACAUCGUCGUGAAGACGUACCUCAACGAAGAUCUUGACGUCGAAGCACAUCCCUGGCUCGAAGACGAAGGCGAUACUGGCGUUCCAGAGGAGCUGUGGGGUCUGCUGAGUCUUGAAGGCUGGCACGAGGACGGCGUACAAAUGAUGCAUGCCGUAGAUAUGGUCAUCACUGAGGGUGUGAGAAGAGGGCUCAAUGUGCAGCAGCACUACCUAGACUUUGUCCUUUACGGUUGGGUAGAUGAGAAAACUGGGGAGAAUGUCCCGAUACCAAGGCAGUUGAGGAAGGACAAAAAAGUAAUAAUGCCGAGUAAAGGCUGGCCGUCAAAAGAAUUACGACAGGAUAUGAUCGAGAAGCUGGACGUGCGCUUUGGGUUGAGGGGAGGAGACGAUGGCAAUGCGAUAGACCUGAGCACUUGAAAGGGUACCGAAUUUUGACAAACUGACACAACCUUCAAU